UUUUAAAAAUUAAACCAGUUUCUCGAUCCAGAUUCGGAACAUGGCCUCAUCCCUUCUCCGCCUCCAUCUUCCCUACUCUCCCUGCCGUCUCCUGCUCGCCUCUUCCUCCUCUUCCUCCCUUCUCUUCUCACCCCUCUUUUCUCCACUCUCGUCGUCUCCUUGCCACUUCUCCCACUCCCAUCGCAUCUGUUCUUCCCUCUCCCCUGCUUCGUUGCGUCUCCAUCCUCAGAGCGAUCGACCAUCUGCCUUUGCGGAUCCAGACGAAGAAGAUUCCGUUGAAGAAUCAUCCAAGUUCGGAGACGAAGGGAGAGAGGAAGGUCGGGCAGUCGCAGACCCUCCGCUUCCGCGGUUGCCGUCGCCGAAGCUGAGCAUCAAGGAGAAGAAGGAACUGGCUUCGUAUGCCCAUAGCCUCGGCAAGAAGCUCAAAUCUCAGCAGGUCGGCAAGUCGGGCGUGAAUCCGUCGGUUGCUGCUGCCUUCAUUGAGACUCUAGAGGCCAAUGAGCUCCUCAAGUUGAAAGUACAUGGGAGUUGCCCGGGGGAGCUGAGUGACGUAAUAACACAACUUGAGCAUGCGACUGGAUCGGUGUCUGUUGGACAGAUUGGCCGCUCAGUCAUUCUUUACAGACCUAGCCUCAGCAAGUUGCGGAAGAAGGAAGCGCAAAAUGCCAGUAAUGCAUGGACUGCAAAAUAUUCAAAAUCCUCAAGCACCUCCAAAAUGGAGAUCAAAAGGAAAAUGUUUGUCCGUCGAAGCAGAUGAUACCAUCCCCUUGUAAAAUUCAGUUCCUGUAAUAGAGCUUGAUUGCUCGGUUCAACUUGCGAUGGUUUAUCUUCUAUAUCACAAUGUUGUCACAAUAAUUGAAAUUCAUCAAUUAUGUGAUAUGUUUUGGGUCGUCA